AUGGGGACAGCCGCCAUCACCUGGGGAAGACACAACAAGAAGGAUGGGACCUUUCAUUUUCCUGUCACCAUGACGUCGGAGGAGGCACUUGACACGACGCUCGACGAGUGUAUAGCCGGAGUGGUGGAGACAACAGGAGGAGAAAUUGCCCUUCAAACUAAAGAAACAUCACAAUCAUUCUUGGCUUACUUAUUCACUGUGGAGAUGAACAACUGUCGCCUGCAGGUGAAACACGAGAAACCACUUCUGCACAUCCACAUCCGCAUCCGCAGCUCGAGUGGUGUCAUCUCAGGCCACUUUCAAAUCCUGACUCCGCAGUGGUAUCCUAUAUGUAACCUUGCAGCAAAGAGAUAG